GUUUGUAAAUUAACCAAUUAGGGUUUUUGUAUGAAAGGCCGGGCCUUUAUCAGACAGCUCUCUCGGAAACCCUGGUCUCUUGUUGGAGGGUGCAGACUUGCGAGAAGAAGGAAGCCAGCAGCCUCCCUCAGCGAAAAUGGGUAUUUCUCGUGAUUCGAUGCACAAGAGGCGUGCCACUGGAGGCAAGAAGAAGGCUUGGAGGAAGAAGAGAAAGUAUGAGCUCGGAAGGCAGUCUGCCAAUACUAAGCUGUCAAGCAACAAAACAGUUAGGAGGAUCAGGGUCCGAGGUGGUAAUGUGAAAUGGCGUGCUUUGAGGCUUGACACAGGGAACUACUCCUGGGGAAGUGAGGCUGUGACCCGGAAAACUCGUAUUCUUGAUGUGGUGUACAAUGCAUCCAACAAUGAGCUUGUCCGUACACAAACUUUGGUUAAGAGUGCUAUAGUUCAGGUUGAUGCUGCCCCUUUCAAGCAGUGGUAUCUCCAGCACUAUGGAGUGGACAUUGGGCGUAAGAAGAAAGGUGCAGCUUCUGCUAAGAAGGAAGUAGAGGAAGGUGAUGCUGCUGCUGCUGCUGCUGAGGAGGCGAAGAAGAGCAACCAUGUACUGAGGAAGCUGGAGAAGCGCCAACAGAAUCGCAAGCUGGAUGUACAUAUUGAAGAGCAAUUUGGAAGUGGACGUUUAAUGGCUUGCAUCUCAUCACGGCCUGGGCAGUGUGGCCGUGCUGAUGGGUAUAUCUUGGAGGGCAAGGAGCUCGAGUUUUACAUGAAGAAGAUUCAGAGGAAGAAGGGCAAGGGCUCUGGUGCUGCCUAAAAUUUUGCUACCGUGAUUUUAUCCCUGGAUUAAUUUAUUCCCUUUUACCCUUUCUUAGGAAUGAAACUUUGAAUGAGAUACAGUUAAGUUGGAAGCUCUAAGUUGUGUUUGAAUUGACGAAUUAGAGCUUCAUGGUUGCAUUUUGAUGACUUGAAUUAUCUUUUUUGAUAUUGUAUUAUCAGUUUGAUCCUUGUUCUCAUGCUUAUUAAGAGCAAUAGACGGAUAGUUUGCACGGUUGGAUGUAGUAGCAAUAACAAGAUUAACUCUGCAGAAUU